UCCCGCCCGCUGGACGCUGAUUGGUCGUCGCGCCUGUCAAUCAUCGCCGAGGUUGCGCACGUUAUCAAGGCAGAUUAUGAAGCAGCAGCGUUCAGCAUCAUCUCUGACAGACUCAUCUGGAUGGAUACAUGGCAUCAACGUGGCGCCCAAUGUCUCUUGCGUUAUUUUCUUUUAUUUUCCUGCAGAUAUCCUCGUCUUAUGAGCAGCUGUCUGCCUUUGUGGAAGGAAGCUCAGAUGAUGCACCAUCCCAAGACAUCAGAAUCCAACAAAAUGGGGUGAACGCUGCGGCUGAAGUGCGUCUCAGACGAGCGCUGCAGCCGUACGGAUGGCAGCUUCACGCUCCUCCGCGCAGGAAGUUGCUUCAGUCUCCGGGAAUGUUGCUGUAUUCUCCUCUGAGUGUCUCUUACAACGGAAAGACCUGCAUCCUCUUCAGAGCCCGCAAACUGGCCAUCAGGUACAGGAAUCACAGUUUAGUGGAUCUCACAGAGAGAACCUUCAGCCCAGACGCACCGGUGGACACCAAAGGCUCCUUCUGCAGUAAAGACAAAGCCAUACUCAAUCUACGGUUUGGUGAUGUGGAAGAUCUAAGAGGCCUCUCUAUCAGGCUACAGAUGUCAAACACGUUCUACGAGUCGGCGGGACAGAACUGGUUCACUCUCGAUAACGUUUACAUCCAUUACAACUGGACGUACGAGGCCACGUUCAACGCUACAGAUGUGUACGCGCCCUCCACCAACUCCUAUCACUGCCAGCACGUCAGCAGCCUGCAGAAGUACGACACACUGCUGGUGCCCAGCGCCAACACCGACCACGCUGCAAACUGGCACAUAACCUUCACUGACUUCCAGAUCCAGGCGUUUAACGUUCAGUCCAGUAAGUUUGCGGCGGCCAGCGACUGCGCGACCUUCUUCACUCCUGCCAUCCUGAUGGGUCUGAUCACGUCUCUGAUCCUGCUGCUGGUGCUGGCCUACGCUCUGCACAUGGUGGUUCAUCUAAAGCACAUCGACCGCUACGAAGAGCACAAGACCACCGUCUACUUCCCGCGCAGCACAGAAGCAGAGAGCACAGAGAAGAACAACCUCUAAGGUCCCGAGA